AUGGCUGAGUUGGUAGAGAAACAUCCAGUACUGGCCUCAAUACCCUCACUUGUCAAGGACAACCUAGUGGAAGUGCCGGCCGAAGACCUUUCGCUUUUGAAGGCCAACAGAAGAACCAGGAGACGAUGGAUUGAACAAGGGGUCACUGUACAUUUGUACGCCGGGCCAGAAGAAGGCCUGACUCUGAAGAGAGCCUACUUGGAGAAGGGAGGUGAUGGCACGAGGUUGAUCGAAAUAGACGUGAAGAGAGGAGCACAUCAUGACAUGUUGAGAAUUGGAGGGAUGUACAGUACCCUCCUCAAGCUGGCAAUGCUAGGAGCCAUUGAUGCAGUGGUUGGUGGCCCAAAUUGCCGCACACGUUCAGUGCUGCGACACACACCAAGAGAAGGCUUCCCAGGACCAUCGAGGACGGCGGGAUACCCUUGGGGACUUCCAGAUGCUCCCCCUGAUGAACAAGGAAAGUUGUUGCAGGACGAUGCAUUGAUGCUGAGGAUGCUGACCCUGUACAUGGUUGCACAGAUAGCGAGAGAUGCAAUGGUGAAAGAAAGAAGCAAGAGGUGUUUGAAGGCCAAGGUUGGAUUUCUGUUGGAGCAGCCAGCAGCACCGGAGUGGUGUCCAGAAUGCGCUUCGUGGUGGAGAAAUCGAACAUGGUUGCUGUUCAAGCACUACUACCAGAUGGAAGAAGUGACGUUUUACCAAGGAGAUUUUGGAGGUGAAGCGAGAAAGCCAACAACAUGCGGAACAAACCUUGGGUUUCAACCACCAGACCCACUAGUACAUGGUGGGAGGAGCAGAGAACAAGGUCCAGAACUGGAUUCCAGUAAGCUCUCGAGGUGGGCUCCUGGGAUGAUGCAUGAAGUUGCAAGGCUUUUGAUAGAGGAAGUAGAAGGAAAAGAAGUUCGACUGAAGAAGUUGUCGUGGACUGCCCACGUUGACCAUGCACAUGUGCCGUUUCGGCGCGAUUGCGUGGUUUGCCAGAGGUCAGCAGCGAGACAAAGGCCGCAUAGAAGACAUGAUGAUCCAGAAGCGCAUUGUUUAGCUGUUGACAUUUGUGGCCCAUUGAAGUGGGGUCAGGACGUGGAUGGUGAAGAGAAGAAAUACCUUUUGGUCGGCUCCUACACGUGGCCAGUGGAAGGUAAGGACUCUGAUGAAAGCUUGGGGAUGUUGGAUGAGGAGACUGCUGAAGAUGAUGAAAUGCUUCCGGUUUUGGAAGAUGAAGAGGCAGAGCAAAGGGAGGCGUCAGCGUCUUCUUCCUCGCCACCCAAGAAGGAGGCUCAAGCAGAGGGUUUACCUUCAAGACCAGCAUCGAAAAGGAAAGGGGAGGAAGAGAAGCCUCCUGAGGAUGCAGAAAGUGCUGAGGAGAAGACUGAAGAAGGGAAGCUGGAAGAAAAGUUGAAGACAAAAGGAAUGCUGAAGCUGAUGACAUGUGUGCCAUUAGCCUCAAAGCAUGCGCUGGAUGUUUUGUCAGGAGUCCAAGAAUUGGUGGUGAAGCUCAGAAGGUAUGGCUACCCAGUCGUACGCCUGCACACGGACUAUGAAACAACCUUUGUCAACAAGCACUUGAAGGGAUGGUGCUUGAACCGAGGAAUUGUGAGGACAUCGUCCACCCCAGAAGAACACCAACAAAAUGGAAGAGCAGAAGCUGCAAUAGCUUCUAUCAAGGGAAGGGUGCGACGUCUCUUGCACUCCUUUGGCAUGGAGACGAAGUGGUGGCCGAUUGCAGCACGACAUGUGGUAGAGCUGGAGAGAAGAAGGUUUGAAAGGAUUGAGGACAAACUGCCAAGGUUUGGACAGAAGAUAGUGACAAGAAAGCGGAAAUGGAAAAGAGGAGAUGAGUUUGAAACGACAGCACAGGAAGUCACUUACCUGACUCCAAUCCCAGAAGUUUCAAAAGGACAUGCGGUUAUGGAAGAAGAUGGAAGUUUCAAGGUGGUGAGCUGCCUGAUCCAGGACUGCAAAGAGCCGCAGGAAGAAGAAAAGAAGUUGGAGUUAGAAGAAGUGAUUCAAGAAAGGGACCCUAUGGAAGCGCGAAGAAGACUGAGGAAAAAGAUGUCAGUCGCUUCUUUGAGGAUUCCAGAAGAAGAAUUUGCAGAAAGUAUCAAGCUGUUCCAGGCAGUUUUGGAGCAGGAUGAAGCGAUGUACAAUGAAGACGAAGAGGUCAUUCCGGCAGUGAUGAAAGGGAUGAUUGCCAUCAGAAAGGAAAUGGCGGCACUGCAAGAAGGCCGACUUGAAGAAGAAGUGCUACAGACCAGGGUAGUUUCCAACCAGGAAGUGUAUCAAAACAAAGGUGAGUGGGUUGGAGCUAUCAGAAAGGAGAUUAACAAUUUGGUGCAGAAAGGAGCAGUCAAGAGGCUGACCAAAGAGGAAGCUGCGUACUACAAGAGAGAGCAUGCAGACAAGUUGGAGGUGGUGCCAGGAAAAGCAGUACACACGAUAAAAGCACCAGAUGGUAAGAAGAAAUGCCGCCUGGUGGUGUGUGGGAAUCACCUUCAAGGAGGAGACAAAAAAGAAACCAAGGAGGAACAUGCCAACUACUAUGCAGGAGGGGCAGACACAAUCUGCCUGCGACUUGCACUGUCCAUGGCAGCACGCUAUGGGUGGGACAUUGCAGGUUUAGAUGUGGUUGCAGCGUUUUUGAACGCGCAGCUGGGGGAUGUGCAUGAGAAACCACAACCAAGAGAAGACCCAACAAGAGACAGAGGCCGCAUUGUGUUGAUGCAACCACCGCGGGUUCUGGAAAGACUAGGUCUGAUCGAAGUUGGAGAGCUUUGGCUAGUGGAACGUGCCCUCUAUGGACUGAGAGAGUCGCCUCGCCUGUGGAGUGAUCACAGGGAUGGAACCCUACAUGGCAUGGAAAUACAACAAGGAGGCAGGACGUUGAAGUUGCUGCCGAGUUUUGCAGAAGAAAACCUUUGGCUGAUCAAGGAUACCAGCCUUAGAGAUGAAGGUGGAGUGCAAGGAUUGGUUUUGAUUUACGUGGACGACAUGUUGGUCAUGUCGAACCCGGAGAUCACCAACAUGGUGGUGGAAAAGAUACAGAAGACAUGGGAAGUGACCAAACCUCAAUGGGUCACUGAAACAGAGCCAGUUCGGUUCUGCGGGAUCGAGAUCUACAAGAACAACGAAGGGGAUUACUUUGCGGGACAGCAGUCCUUUGUGAAAGAAGUGCUGAAGCGCCACAACUGCAAGGAGUUUGCGGCAUCCCCUUUGAAAGACAACUUCGAGCCGGAGGAGGAGCUAGAUAGGACAAGAGAGGAGAUCCAACUGGCCCAAAAACUGGCCGGAGAACUGCUGUGGUUGGCCGGAAAGACCCGACCCGACCUAGCUUACACUACCAGCCGUAUCUGUUCAAAUGCAACCAGGUCUCCAAAAUGGUGUGCAGGAGCAGCUGCACACACCAUGAAGUACCUCAACAGAACCUGGGGUAUGGGACUGUACUUCAGGAAGAAGGGAGGGAAUGUCCUGGAAGUGGCAACAGAUGCCAGUUUUGCACCAGGUGGUGGUUUGUCGCAUGGCUCAGUGGUAGCAAGCAUGGGAGGUACGCCAGUGAUGUGGAGGUCCUCAAAACAGCCUUUCCCCUGUUUGUCUACCGCAGAGACUGAGCUGGUAGAAGCCAUCGAGGGAGUCAUAGUUGGAGACUCUUUAGCAUGCAUAGUGGAGGAGUUGGAAGGAAGAGUGGAUAAGCAGCUGGUAUGUGACAACAUGGCAGCCGUGGCUUUGUCCACCACGCGGACAGGAGCUUGGCGCACACGGCAUUUGAAAGUACGUGCGACACACCUCAAAUGGAGGGUGGAAGCUGGAGGCUGGAAGAUGCACCAUCGACGGGGCACAGAGCUCGUCGCAGACAUGGGUACAAAGCUUCUUGGUGCCAACAAAACGAAGGAUCUGUCAAAGAAGAUGAAUCUGGAAUGGCUACCAGAUGUAGUAGCUUUCUCCAGAGCGAAGGAAGAAAGGAUUGAGAAAGAGGAAGAAAAAUUGGCAGAGGAACAGGACAGAGAACCAGCUGUGACGGUAUCCAAGAAGGUCUUUGCAGGAGAUAUGGAAAAGGUGGUAAAGAUCGCCACCCUCAUGGCGGUACUUCAGAAGGUAGAAAGAGUAUAUGCCAUGGACAAGAGUGAGACGGAAGAAGGAUCAGAAGUUUUGGCGGCAUUUGGCUUGUUGAUGAUGAUCCUUGGAGUGGUUUUGUACAAGUUGGUAGAAAGAAUGUGGAAGAUCUUUCAUGAGAAGAGAGAUCACGAGGAAUGCCAAGCUCGCGCCCUUACGCGCGACUCUCGCGCCCUUAUGCGCGACUCUCGCGGCCUUAUGCGCGACUCUCGCGGCCUUACGCGCGACUUUCGCGGCUUCAUGCGCGAUCGAGAACGUCACCAACUUCAUGUACGCGAAGAAGAAGAAGAGAUAAGUUGUGAAGAAGGAGAACAGACCACCGUGAAAGUGGCGACUCUGAGGAUGAGAAAAGCUGAAAAUAAAGGUUCCAAUGAAAAAAGACAGGAAGGAGGAAGCUCCGCUACCAGAAGCGACAGUCACACAACCGAGAAAGGCACGGAGGAACGACAUGACAAAAAGGGAGCACAGACAAGGGAGCCCAGUCUGCUCGUCCUGGACGACGCUGUGGGAACCCUGGAGGAGAGGGAGCCCAGUCUGCGGGUCCGAGCGGAGCAGUGCCCACUCCUGGAUGGCGCUGUGGGAACCCUGGAGGAGAGGGAGCCCAGUCUGCGGGUCCGAGUGGUGCAAAGCCUAACCAAGGAGAGGGAGCUCCGGUCUGCGCGUCCAGAUAGUGCAGAGAAGCCGAACCUGGUGGGGCCAAUCAUCACACCAAAUGGGAGGAGAUUCCAUAGAAGCAGUGGAUGCCCGACGUUGGCACAGUCUUGGAAAGGAAGAAAGCCGCUUUGUGGUGAAUGUGGCGACACCUACUUGGUGGCUGACGUGAUGAUGAUGGAUAAGAACCAGUUAGUCCAUACGAAGAAGAAGUGCCCUAAGGUUGUGGGAGAGCUGAUCGGAUAUGACGCAUGCCAAAGGUGUGCUUAGCGGCUUGGGCCUAGAGAGCUCAAAAUUUUCCAGAAAGCAGGAUUGCAUGAACAUGUCAAUCCUGGGAGGAGUGCAUGGAUGUCAGACACUCCAAUUUGAAACGUGAAACAGCAUGUUCAGUUGUGUAGGUUUCAGUCUUGCUGAGAAAGUCAGAGAAGAUUAGCACAGCCACCUGCACAGGAUGACACGCCAAAUCGAGACGGCAUAGCCGCUUUGUGGUUCAAAA